AUGACGAGGAUGGGUGUUGCGAGUGAAGAUGACGUCGUAGUUACGAUUGAAGACAUCGAGCGACUUGGAACCUCAAUGUUUGAUGCAACCGGCCGGGCUUACUACAACAGCGGCAUCGAACUGGAGACGACACUUAGGGAGAAUGUCGCGGCUUUCUCCAGGCUACGCCUGCGGCCGAGAGUGCUCCGCAACGUAGCUGAAAGACGGAUAGAAGUAACCCUGCUGGGAGACCAGAAGCUGUCCAUGCCGGUUGGUAUCUCUCCAACAGCUUUCCAAAAAAUGGCACAUCCGGAGGGAGAAAUCGCCGUAGCGAAGGCUGCACAGGCUGCUGGAACAGUCAUGACGCUGAGCAGCUUCAGCAACGACUGCCUCGAAGACGUGCAGCGGGGAGCUCCAGAAGGGCUCCGCUGGUUCCAGCUGUACGUGUUCAGGGACAGAGAGUUCACCAGGAACCUCGUGGAACGCGCCGAGAGGUCCGGCUACCGCGCCCUCGUGCUCACCGUCGAUAUGCCCGUGGAAGGACAGAAAAACUUUGACAAGAUUUGUGGAAAAUUCAGAAAUAAAUUGAUAACGAGGAAAUAUGGCAACUUUUUGGGAACCUCCCGGCACGAAGAUGCAUUCCCAAGUGCUGCAGUGUGUGACGACAUCUGCGAUGCUUCCCUCACCUGGGCGGACGUCAUCUGGCUGAGAGGCAUCACGAAGCUGCCUGUGGUAGCCAAAGGAAUUUGUACAGCCGAAGAUGCUGAGGAAGCCAUUCACUGCGGAGUUUCUGCCAUAUUGGUCUCUAAUCAUGGAGCAAGACACCUGGAUGGAUUACCUUCGACAAUUGAAGUCCUCCCCGAUAUAGUGAGGGCUGUCCGUGGCCGCGUCGAGGUCUACCUCGACGGCGGAGUUCGUCGAGGCACUGACGUGGUCAAGGCGCUGGCACUCGGAGCCAAGGCCGUGUUUAUUGGACGCCCAGCACUCUGGGGUCUGGCGUACAACGGUAAAGCAGGCGUGCGCCAGACUCUCGAAAUCUUAAGGGAGGAGCUAGACCGGGCUCUCGCAUUGAUGGGAUGCUCUUCCGUCGACCAACUGCGACCCGAAAUGGUUGUUCAUCAAAAUUAUUUCUACAGGCUGCCGAAAACCGAGGUACUGACUUAA